UUGAAAACAAUGGCUGAAGUCUGGAGAAUGUUUACCUUUUUCAUGUAGUGCAGUUAUGACCGUCUAGUUCUCUCGAAUUGAAUGUAUUUUUUUCUUCAGUGCUGGUAAAAUGUUUGGCACCAUUAAAAACAGAGAGCAUAGAUCAUGCCCCCCUCGACGUCUGUACGAUGUAACCACAGGUAGCCUUCAUUUUCUUCAGCGUUUGAAGCUGGAGAAGAAGUUGUGUGUUCACGAUGGAUGCGUCAACACAAUCGCCUGGAACGACAAAGGCACCCUCAUUCUGUCAGGCUCCGAUGAUCAACACCUGGCCAUCACAGACCCCUUCAGUGCUAAGACCCUGGUCAAGUUCCGGUCUGGCCACAGGUCAAAUAUCUUCAGUGCCAAAUUCUUGCCCGGGAGUCUGGACAGAGAGGUGGUCAGUUGCUCGGGAUCAGGGGAGAUAUUCUUCACAGACGUCGACCGAGAGGACACCUACCAGGCAAACAGAUUUGACUGUCAUUUUGGAACAACGUACAAGCUGCUGGUCGUGCCCAACGAAGCGUCGACGUUUCUGUCCUGUGGGGAUGACGGUACGGUCCGGUUCUUCGACCUCCGGACAAAGACAAGCUGCUCCAAGUUCAACUGUGAGGACGAUGUGGUGAUUCACCUGCGCACCGCCAUCACUGCCAUAGCUGCCGACCCAAUUAUUCCCUUCCAGCUGGCAGUGGCUGCCUCCGACGGGAUUGUCCGACUCUAUGACAGACGCAUGCUCAAGACGACCGACGCUGGAGGAGCCAACGAGAGCCUGAUCUGCACCAUGGCGUGCCCCACGACCCGGCGGGAGAAGCGCCACUACCGCAUCACGUCCUUGAACUACCGGCCCGGCUCCCACGACCUGCUAGUGAACUACUCCUCAGAGAACAUCUAUCUGUUCAACACCUACCAGACGGGAUGUCAGCAGACAUACUCCACUCAGCAGCCCGGGCCAAGCGGAGUAACCUCUAAGCCAGUGAGUCAGUCCCGUGACCUUGGCGGCUGUGCGAGCCCGGGCACCUCAAGGGCGUCGGCCGAGGGUGCGGUGGGGGCUGUGGGGGGCUCUCCCUCCGACAACGGCUCCGACUCGGAGAAUCUGUUCAAGCCAAUCAAACGUCUCAGGCUGCGUGGUGAUUGGUCGGACACGGGCCCCGACGCCAGACCCGAGAGUGAAGAGCCCGCCUUAACCAACACGAUCAUGCAACGAAUGUCUGAUCUCCUCACACGCAUGCUGAACAGUCGAUCUGACCGAGGCCCCAGGGAGGGGGGAGAGGGAGAAGAAGGAGAGGGAGAGGAGGAGACAGAAGAGUCUGGUCAGCCAGGAGACUCACAGACAGAGGCUCGGUCGGAGAACGAGACAGAGGGUCCAGAGACUUCAGCCUCGGCUGACGCUGCCGCUGUUCUCAGGUCCGUCAUUUUCUCCUCUCCCAGCGCGGCCGCAGCACGACAGAGUCUCGGCCAGGAGAGAGGGGCAGUGGCCAGGUACACUGUCCCCAGCGAGGGUCUUGGGUUGCCAGACAUAUCCUCGCGGGACCUAGACAGCGGGAAUUCAAGUGAGCUGACCGCACCGUCUGGCACGGAAGCGACGUCUUACCACACUGCAGUGACCUCUCAUGUGGAGGUUUUUAAGGCUCCAUACAGGGGGGGAUUGAGCAACACUCAGAGUGAUAGACAGGGGGAAACUGUGACAGGUGAACAUGGUGUGGAGGAGAAGGAUGGAGAGAAGGAGGAUGGAAAGAAGGUUGUGGUCUCAGUUGCUGGUAUGACGGGACGAGAUGACAGUGAUGCGAUCUUGGCGUCUGCCCGACUGACAGUUGAGCAGCCUGACGAGUUUGUGUGUGCAGAGAACAACAGUGAGAGUGGGCAAGUAGGGCAGAUGGUCACCCCUGCCCAGGAUGUGGUGUCGUCUGUGGAUGAAGUUAUGGAUAAAGGACGGGUCGAUUCUGGCGCUCGGGGAGGGAGCGGCAGUCUUUGCCCGGCCGAUGGGAAGAAAGUGAGAAACACAGACAGUGGGGGGAAGUCUACACAAGGGCAGGACAUGGCUGGCAGUGUUGUCUCAGAGACUGUCGCUGACAGUAUUGUCUCAGAGACUGUCUCUUGUGGUCAAAGCUUAACAGAUUGCGGUGUUAACCUUAGUGCCUUUGGUGGCAGCCACGCCACUUCGAGGGAAGACGUUCACUGUGUGAUGAGACUCACGGGGAAUAAGUCAGACAUUUCUGGUGCUGGUCAUAGUGGUUCGUCGGUGCAUGUGUCUGUAAGUGAGACUUUAGUAGAGAAUGACGGUAACAGUUUUGAUGUAGAUACUGAUGAGCGUAGGAGUAGAAGCUCAAAUAUAGCCCCGUUUGAUAUAGGAUCGGGGAACAGUGACAGUAUUUCCGAGAAGCAGAUGUCUUCUGGUUUGUGUGGUAUGAAACCGUCGUCUGGUCGUCCAGCUGGAUGUUGUGACAGCGGAGAGCUGACCCCCGCCCGGAGAGACGGUGACGAACAACCAGCUCACGCUCAGAGACUUGUGGCUGACGAUAGCGCUGGAGGAACUUCUGCACUGGCCGGAGUUGAGAGCGCUCGCGUGUCGAAGAAUUUUACCGCUACGGCAGAUGGGGAGGUUGUCACAACUGUGAAGUUACCUCCUGUGGAGAACUCUUUUGUACCGGGUCGUGGGCAGGAGAGACUGGCAGACCGACGUCUAGAAGAGACUCGGGGGGAUAAGCCAGGAACUUCCUCCCACAAAAGUGCUCCCACCCCGUCCGACUCCCCUUCCCCCUCGCAGUCCUCCAACAAAGCUGUGGAUUCUCUCUCUGGCUUGUCCCUGUCAUGGUCUGAUAGCACUGUGGCUGUGGCUGAGCCGAUGCACAGCACCUACGAAGGUAACGCUCACCCUCGUUCACUGGACGAUGUAUCUAACCUGCCUUCCCGCCUCAGCUCGGGCAUGGCUCUCAGCACCGUACAUGCAGAGGUGUCCCCGUCCCCACCUGCACCACAGCAAGUGUCGGAGCGCCAGGACAGUCGUCCCUUUGAUGAUGUCGACGACAACAUAAGCUCAUUGACGGUCAAUGUGCGGAUAUCUGAGAGCUCUGUAGAGCAGUCAAGUAGUUUGUCUACCGAUAUUCCAUCCCAGCACAGCUGCGUUGUCGCGUCCCCUGACACAGGUCAAGCUGCAGUGUGUGACAGGUCAGAGAUUACUCACUUCGGAGCAACACAGUGGACAGACACAGAGAGCACACACGCCAAGACAACUGCGUGUAGUGGCUCAGAAAAUGCACAGACUCGGACAGUAAAUGUGGCACAAUCAGUGCCUUCUUCAGAAUCUCAAGUCUGCAAAGUUUGUGGUGUAGAACUGGUCCCCGGUGUAAGAAGUCUUUCUGCUCCGUCCCUGUGUGCGGAGUGUGCCAAGCUGAAGCAGGGAGUGAAAGAAGGUCUGGAGAAGACGGAGCGAGAGAGUCUGUGGGGGGUGGGGCACGGGGCGGUGGGGGCAGGGCAAAGGAACUCUCUGGGUCGCAUCAGCGAGGAAGACUCAGACAGAAGCCUGGAACAGGAAGUUCUCGGGGGGAGGAAGAAGGACGGCAAAGGCAAAGGAGUGGGGAAAUCAUCGGCCAAAGCUGCCCAUCAGGCUGGGAAGACGGCUGCGGAGUUUUCGCCUUACAACAGCGGGCGGAUGAGAUUCUCCGCUAAAGAACAGGGGAUGUUUGGGUCUGGCUGCACUACAAGUUCUAGACAGGAAGAAAUCUCAAGUAAGGAUACGGAUGACUCAACACGUGGACCGUCCAGAUCCUUGUUCUCUCCGUCUCCUCCUACUGACAGUAAGCCCAUGAUAGACGCUCACCCAGACAGGAAAGAUCUGCAAGAUCCGACGCCAGGGUUCAGAGCAAGCACGUCGGGCUCGGACAGACACCGGAGAGUCGGUCACAGCCUGCCCCCCACCGGAGACUUUCAGCUGGAUGGGAAUGAUGAGGAGGACGAUGACGAUAAUGACGGCGAUGACCCUCAGCCCGAGCUCAGCAACAAUAAGAGGAAAAUGAGCUCCGACAGUGACCGCAUGAGCCGCGCAGCACAGAAGAUCCAGGAAGUCUACCGGAAAAAACGAGAAGCGCGAGAGAUGGCCAAGGUGAUGGAGGUACCACAGGCCAAAGUGCUGAUGAAAUACUCAGGGCAUCGCAACUGUCGCACCAUGAUCAAAGAGGCGAACUUCUACGGGGAUCACUUUGUCAUGUCCGGCUCCGACUGCGGCCGUAUCUUGGCCUGGGAGAGGGAAACGGGCAGGAUGGUCAUGUACAUGGACGCAGACAGACACGUGGUCAACUGUAUACAGCCAAACCAGUUCUACCCCGUGUUAGCUUCCAGCGGCAUUGACUACGAUGUGAAAAUCUGGAUGCCCAUGGAGGAAGACGCGCAGUUUGACAGCGACAAAGCCGAGAUGAUCGUGCGACGUAAUGAGCUGAUGUUGGAAGAGACCCGCGACACAGUCACCGUGCCGGCGGCGUUUAUGUUACGUGUCCUGGCAUCCCUGUCUCAGAUACGUACCGGGCGAAACUCCGGGAGAGGUCAGCCAUCUCAGGAUUCGGCCAGCCAGGAGUGACCUCACACGAGGGUCCAGUGGUUCUCUGUUGCCUCGCUGUCUCUCUCAAGGAUCUAUUUUUGGGUCCAGAGAAGGACAGCCCCCCCUUUCAGAUGCAUUUGGUCUAAACAAAGUUCUUUUUUAAAACUUGUGUGUGAAAACAUACAGCGAUGCAUUUAGCAAAAAUAAGUCAUUGUAAUAUUGGUGUAUUGGAGAACAUAAGCCGCCAUUUUUGUACGUGGUACCGCUCUCUGCCGUGAUGGGAAUUUUGUACAAUUUAGUCUUUGAUUGUUCUCGUUUUUUAGAUGGGCAUCAUUUUUAAAAUAUUUUUUUUGCAAGUUUAUAUUUUAUGCAACGUGCGACCGUCAGUAUAGAAGAUUUCCCCUCCCAGGUUCAAGUCUGAUCCCAUUCUAACAUAACCCCCUCACAAAGUAACACUGGGGUUGUUGUUUUUUUCGCUGAAUAAAACAGCGAAGUUAAUCAUAAGCUCUCUCCCUCUUGUUUCACGUGUUCAAGGGUUUUUAUGUCUCCUUAUUGGGCUUUUGAAUUUAUUUAUUUUUUCCUCUGAUCUCUUUAAAAGUGCGACCCGUCUCUCUUUAUUUUGCUGGUCGUAAAAAAAAAUGUUAACGUCCUUUAUCUUUUCUUUUACAAAAACGUAACUCUUUCAAAAGCAUACUUUUUCCAGAAGAUUUAGCUGUGAUGUCUAUUUUUUUCUCCCUUGGUGAAUAUUACGAAUGUAAUGUAUGUGUUGUUUUGUUUGUGUCCGGGUAUCUACGUGCAAUGUUACAGGCCUGCCAAACCCUCCAUGACGUAACAUAAAAGUUUUCCACAAAAUCUUCCUGAAGAGAAGGAGUUUAGGGAAAAAGAAUCAGUUUCGAUAACUCCAGUAGCUUCAGACAACAUUAACAAAGCGACCAUGGCAGCAAAUGAAAGUAUGUUGUGCAAAUAAAAAUUUGUUUUUCCAUGUCAUUAAUGAUAAAUCGCACAAAUAUUGCAAAUAUACAUGUAUAAAAAUGAGUACGGUAGUUUCACGUCAUUUGCGAUAGGUCGUAUACAACUUGACGGAAUAAGAAAGCAAGCAAAAAAAUCUGGUUUCAUGCAAAUCCUAUUUGGGUUCUUCAACGGGCAAAAGAAAAUGGGAGAGUUCCAAUGUUAUCAGAGUAGCCUACUUGGCAGGUCUAUAGGUUACCAGAAGGAUGAAUUAAAUAUGGAAAAAUGUGUUGAAUUGUUUGAACGUGAUGCACCCAAAUACAUCUGACCUCGGCGAUGAUGCUGGGGGCGUACGAGGGUAGUGGGUGCACAACACUGGUGCUAAGUUUUCUCUCUUGUCAUGGACAUAAUCAUUUGUGAUCAAUCAAGUAUUUACAAUUUACAAAUAUGAAGUGAUGAAGCUUUGACAUGCUCAAAAGGUGGCAAACUCUUCUAAGCCAGAAUCGGUCUCCUCAUUGGCCUUAGCAGAAGUCACAAGUCAUGUUAAUUAUUGUUUCCUCAACUUCACUUUAAAAAUAUUUUCCUCUGCAUAGUCGGACAUUGCUGGAAGAACUAUUAUUAUUAAUAUUAUUAUUAUCGUAAUUAUUACUGUUGUUAAAUUGUUGAUGCUGAUGAAGCAACAAAAUCUGAACUUGUGGAGGAAAAGUCUGAAAUCCAAAUGCACACUUGUAAUGAGUAGUAACCUUCUUGCCAUUGUAUAUGAAUUAUGGGGGUUUAUUUAUUUAUUUGUGUGUGAGUGUACAGAUUGUAUUUGUAGAUUUCUUGUAUGAUCAGACCUGCCUUGCCUGCGUGUGUCAUCUUGUUUUGUAUUAGAGUUUGUAGAUAAAAGACUUCUUGUUGUGCCUGUAAAAAUACACAUGAAUACACUUUCUCUCAGUUUCUUUUUUUUCUCAAAUGAUCUGAUUCUGAUGUCUCUAUGAUUUGAUUCUGUUGAUAUAACGUCCACUGGGUUUGACAUAUAUAAUAGUCUAGGCCUACCGGGUUUAAUGUGUAAUAAUAUGUACUUAAUACAGGAUGCACUUGAAUCACAAACUUUCCAAUGGUGGCUCUGAACUGUUCAUGAACAGCUGUAUCCAUACUGUACACAUGGGAAUUGUUAAGCCACCAGCAGGACACAGAUUUGUUCACCGGGAAUCAGGAAUGUCGUCAAACGAAGGAAAUGCUGGCAGUAUGUGGGGAGAUUGCUUGUGCUGAUUUGUUGAGGAGUUCUUUGUUGAUGGAGUCAGACCCAGAUGGUUCAUCUCUCAGAAAGUCUGUUUUACAGGAGAUGGUAAAAUCUGUUUAAAUUGAACUAUCACAGACCGAAUCAACUCAAAUUUUGAGUUGAUAUUACGAUAAUUUAUAUUAAAAUUUGUGGAAAUUUUACACCAUUGACUGAGAUGAUGAUGUAUUUGGCCCUGCUUCACAAAGUAGUCAAAAAUAAGACAGCAGAAAGUUUGGGAGUAGGCUCAUUUGUGCCCAACCCCGUUAACUUGUGUUGUUUUUGUGAGCUGCUGGGUCGGAGCAGUGCAAUCUGUGUAGCCAUGAACUUAAUAAAAUAUGAGAGAUAAG